CUCGCCAAAGGCGGAACCUCCUACCAAAGGGAGAAGAGAAAGCAAGCAGAAAUUGAAGGAUCGCAUUAAACUCACUCGCCCAGUGUUGCUCCUUUUUACCCGGGAGAAAAAGAGAAAGAAAAAAAAGAAGCAUCAAAAAAGAAGAAGUGGCGGGAGGGAGGGGGGAAAUAGAAGAGAAAUCACGAUGAUGCCAAUGCAUUUCUUUUUCUCAGAUAAAGUGAUUCUCCUGUUUGACUUCUGGGAUGUCCACAGCGCAGGAGGAAUGGUGCUCUCCGUCUUCAUCAUCAUGCUACUCACUGUGUUAUACGAAGGCCUCAAAGUUGGCAAGGCAAAACUGAUCCAUCACUCGCAGAUGGCCGUGGUCCCUAGCAUCAGCCAGGAAAACCUGAGAGAAGGCAUCUCCGUGAACUCAGAUAUGGGGACGGCCAGCACUUCCCUAAAGAAGCGUCUUUCAUGGCACCUAGCGGAGACCUUACUCCAUGUGGUCCAGGUGUUUUUGGGUUACCUGUUGAUGCUGGCCGUCAUGACUUACAACACAUGGAUUUUCCUGGGAGUGAUUGUGGGCUCAGCCAUCGGAUACUUCGUGGCGUAUCCGCUACUAUGCCUCAGAUAGCAUCGCGGAAGCCUCUUCCAGAGACAGCUCAAAACUGAAAAUCAUACCGAUUCUGCAACUGGAAUGGAUUCUAUUGGGAUCUCUCUGCAGGAGAGAUCUGAAAUUCUCUUUGGGCUUCGUUUUAUCUCUUGUCUCGACUGACACUUCUAAUCUUCUAAAAUAGCCAUUGUGCUUCCAAUUCCAAAUAUUUUUUUUCCUAA